GCGGACUUCGCCAACGACCAUGGAUCGGCAAGGCGUGCUGGCAAGGUUCGUGGAGGUCACAGGCUGCGACCAGGGACUAGCUGCGGAUCUCCUAGCAGGGAAGCAAUGGAAUUGGGCUGCUGCAAUCAAUGACUAUAACCAGCUUAUCGGUAAUACCUCGGCUGGCCAUAGUACACCACCAGCAUCGUCGUCCGAUCCCCCUCAAGCAACUGCAACUGUGCCCGCUCAACUCCCAACCCCCAAAUCCGUUGCACUCAACCAUCAACCCAACCGGCCCCCUGCCACCCAUCAGCCGGUAUCCAGCCAACAACCACAGCAUGCUUCCUCCCGGCAGGAUGGAUCCCAUCAGCAGACAGGCCCAACGAGCGGGCAGCCCCUACCCGAGCAUCAAGUGGUACAGCCCAGUGGCAUGAAUGCAUCGUUAUCGGCAGCCGCAACUUCCUCCAUGAGUAAUCAGAGUGUAGGCAGUCCAUCUUCACAAAGUGGGGACCCACCAUCUCCCGGGGAUACAGGCAGGGAAGUGUCAUCGCAGCGCUCCACGGACCUCAAACUUUCCCUGCCAAAAGACGAGAAGGAUGCCCCGGCACGAUCACCAGCACCAACAAAGAAGCUGCAACGGGGCAUAUCCAAGGCCAACUGUGCCCUCGUGGACCUCGGCCGCAAGCGAGUGACGGAGGACGAGCAGGACCACGCCCAUUACCUGGUGGACACGCCCAUGUAUACCUUCAUCCUGCCCGACUUGGCCGUCUUCCCGGCCGAGUUUCGGGCCUUCAUGGAGAAGGACUUGCUGGAGAUGACCACAAUGGCCAAUCUGGAAAAUGCCGGCCGACUCAACUGGUGGGCAGAAGGCAACGCAUGCAGUCGUUUGUGGCCGAUGGCAACCACUGGAGAUGGCAACUGCUUACUGCAUGCUGCAUCCUUGGGUAUGUGGGGCUUUCAUGACAGGCAGUUGACCCUACGCAAGGCCUUGUAUCACACCCUGACGGAGAACCCCCGCAGCCCUCGCAUGCAGAAGCUGAAGAGACGCUGGCGUUGGCAACAGACAGAGGUCAACCAGAAGUCUGGUCUUGUGUACUCCGAGGAGGAAUGGGAGAAAGAAUGGAAGAGCAUGCUUCGUCUAGCCUCGGCAGAGCCACGGGCCCCUCUGACAGGAAGUUCAAGGAGUUCCCUGCCAACACUCUCCGAAGACAAGCCCCCGACCCCGACAGACAAUGGAGAGGAGCUGACCUACGAGAGCCUGGAGGAGUUCCACGUCUUUGUCCUGGCGCACAUCCUGCGGCGGCCCAUCAUCGUGGUCUCGGACACCAUGCUGCGGGGCGCCGACGGCGAGGCCUUUGCUCCAAUCUCCUUUGGCGGCAUCUAUCUCCCGCUGGAGGUACCCCACCGGAGCUGCGAGGCCUCCCCCUUGGUGCUGACCUAUGACACAGCCCACUUCUCAGCCUUGGUGCCCAUGGAGCAUGAUUUGGAGGACUACGACAGCCAGAACGGAAGCAGCAAUCCUUUGCCGGUUGUCAUACCCAUCACUGACUGUUACCACAAGCUGCUCCCGGUGCAUUUUGCGGUCGACCCAGGACCCACCUGGCAGUGGGGCAGCACCAGCAAGGCCGGAAGCCAGCCGGACAAGAGCCUUAGCACGGCAGACAAGCUCAAGCUGCUACACCAGUACCUGACCCUGGUCAAGGUUCCCAUUGACCCUGGAUCGGGGAGAGACGAUUCACGGGAGCGAGAGGGGCAACAGUCACCCACAGCAACCUCCAACGGCCUGAAGGGCAAGGCCAAGAUCAGUCGCCUCGACUCUGUCGAGCUUCAUAAAAGCGACAAGGGCCGGAAUUCGUUUGGCAGAAAACUGAAGCACUUCGCCAAGCUUGAAAAGAGCAAAAAUGGCAGUUGGUCCGGUGACAGAAAGGUGCCGUUGCCGGAGAGGAAAAUUGGAGCGAUCACCAUGGCUGAGUUGGAGGACCCAGCCAUAAUUGCCGGGGCCAAGAUGAGCGAGAGGCGGCACCAGUUGCAAGAAGAGAUGAUCAAGAACUACAUCGACAAGGCCAAGGAGAGGUUUGAAGAGGAGCGCCGACUCAAAAGGCUUCUCAAGGAGGAGAACCGUCAACAGGAGAAACUGGCAGCCUCCCGCCUGUCUCCGCCCAGGAACUGGGAUGAACCUGCGGCCAACACCAGAGGCUUCUACCACGAAGACCCUGUGGGCCGGGGCUACAACGGACAAGAACAGUUGUACCAGAACAGGCAGCCUAGUCCCGAGGUCUACCGUCGGUACAACCAGCAGCCGGUGCAUCUGAACGUCUUCCAGAACCCUUUGAGCCAUACAAAGAGCAACCCUAUACCCCAGGCUCUCAGGGCCCAGCCACAUUAUCAUCAACAGCUAAUGGCUUCCUUGACGAGUACCAGACCCGCAAGUUACCAGUACGGUUACCAGCUGGACGCACCAGUGGAGUCGACCGUUCUGGUCAACCAACUCAACGUUCGACCUCAGGGCUAUGCUAACCGGCCAGCAGGCCGUGAGGAGAGGCCUGGAGCCAUCAGCCAACUGGUGCAGGGAAUCCACCAAUUACAGCCUGGGGUAGGUGCAUACCGCCAAACCCCAUCACAGGCAGCUUCACAGCCGCCCAGGUCUCCCCAGAUCGUCAGAUCAGCCAAAGUGGCUUCGCAGCAGCUGCAUCAAUCGACCGUGGGGGCCUCCGUCUCCCCCCAGCCAGCUCAUCAGCCGGGGUUUUGGCCGCUGCAAGCUCCCCACUCCCCGCAGUCUCCCUCAACUCAACCUCCCACAUCCCCGCAGCCUCCCUUGAAAUCAGCCCAACCAGCCAAGUCCCAAGAGUCCAAGGCAGCCAAGAGCAUGCCCAGGGAUGUUGGAAGUAGGCCCUGCAUGAGAAAGGGCUGCGAUUUCUACGGCACAGAGAGCACUGACUUCCUCUGUUCAAAGUGCUAUGAAGCUAAACUCAAGACUGGUCGAAAAUAGAUACCAGUCAAAUAAAUACAUGAUGCCCGCUUUAGAAGCCUUUGCAGUGAUAACCUCAUAAUCCUGUGAUUUGUUGAUAUUAACUUGUUGAAAGCUAAUUCAUCACUUCGUAUGUGAUCUGCCAAGUGUGUGUGUGACUGCAAUAUGGUGCCUUGACUUUUGUGCUGUAAUCAGCUCCAGUUCCAUUUAACUUGAAAUCAAUUCUGAUUCUAAAGUCAACUUGUUAUACGCUGCGUGAUAAUAGGUCAUGGGUGUCAGUCGUGUAGUUCGGAAAAUAACCUCUUGCAGGCAAACGCUCGGUGGAGUACUGUUAUUCAUGAAGUGGAAUGGGCUUGCGUGACAGUUCAGAGUGUUUGCCCCGGGACGUAUCCUUAAGACUACGUCCAAAUCAUGUGCCUAGGGCUACCCGGUAGGUCACAUGCCAGCCGCAUAUAUGAGGGCACAUGUUGGAAGCCAUUGUAGAGGAUGGCCUACAUGAAGCAAAAGCUCAGAGGUCAAAUUUCCCUGCCCUAGUUUAGCUUCUACAAUAGGCCCCCAAAUUUAGGUUGGUUUAGGUAGAGGCCUGCCCUCACAAGGAAGCCAUGGACUGAUCAAGGAUCUAGGAUCAUGGGUUGAAUAAUCUGGCCCUAAGGUCCACAUUUGUGAAGGCCUUGCUUGGAAGGCGUUUAAUGGAAUGAAAACUGUUUAGACCUCAAACAUGUCAAGGGCUGUCAAGCUCAGGUUCUUCCGGGCCGCUGGUAGUCCAUUCUGCUAUCCGCCCCAAGUGGGACCAAAACAGGGGGACCCUAACCCCAACCCUUCAGAAGCCCCUCAAUUGCACACCAGAAUACUGAGGAUGGCACUCAACAUCGACAAGAGAGACCACAUGGCCAGUAAAACCCCUCACAGCAUACUACCUCGGAUCCUGCAAAAUAUGGCAUAAGUGGCCGACGGGCUUAGCAGAACCCUCCAUCGGGCUACAGACAUCCUGAGCUGCCAGCAAACCGUCUGGCGCUAUGGAAACAACUCAUGGGUUGAGGGCCAAGAGAAGAGUAGUGGAUGAGCUAUGUCAGUGUCCUAAGCCUUAGCAGAACCCUCCGUUAGGCUACAGACAUCCUGAGCUGCCAGCAAACCGUCUGGCGCUAUGGAAACAACUCAUGGGUUGAGGGCCAAGAGGAGAGCAGUGGAUGAGCUAUGUCAGUGUCCUAAGCCGGAUUCCACGGUGAAAACCGUGACAAAGCUUAAAAGAUAUUAAGGGAGACUAGAAUCGCCGUAGGAGAUCACGCCCGCGGGUGACAAAAGUAUUAGGUUUAAAGCUACAACGAUGAGUUCAGUGGGACAGUGUUCCAAGUGAAAAUCUGUCAAUCUAACCUGUUUCUGCUUUUCCGUCAUUUUUAAGCUGUAUUCCUUAUGUAUAGGCUAAUCCGAAUAGACGCCCUAACUGCAGUGGUAUUGCACUCACACGCACAUUCUACUACCUGACGCGCGCGUGGAUUUGGCAAAUGGCGACAUUGGCCAGUGAGGCAUGUUACACGGGCAUACCAGCU